AUGCAUAUGUGGAUCAGCCAAUCCAUUCGACUUUGUAUCAUCGAAGGUUUACACAGAGAGCCACCGAGUGAACUCUUUGGCCAUCGAUUUGCCCGUCACUGUCGAGACAUCUGGUGGUCUGCCUAUGUUCUCGACCGACAGCUAGCUGCCGUGAUUGGAUGUCCAACUUCCAUCCAGGAUUCUCAGGUUACCUGCGCUCUUCCGACAUCAUACGACGAAUCCAAAGAUGUUCGAUAUAUGACCAUGCAUAUCAAGCUGGCUAAAAUCGUGGGCCAAAUUCUUGAUUCUGUAUACACCACGGAAGACGCCCGACAACGCAGCUUCAUUGCAACAGUGCAGUCUGUUCUGAGAGACUUGGCACCGGUGCUACAAGAAAUUGAACAGCUCACAUCCCAGGGUGAAACUGCGCCUUUUGUUACCGUCUCUACAAUCAAUUGCCAUUUAUAUCUGACGUACCAUCAAUGUAUUAUCCUAGCAACGCGACCACUGUUCCUAUACUUCCUCCUACACAGGCUUGACAACCAGUCUACUCCAGGAGAAGACGGAGAAAACCCAACUCCACCUCAGCUACGACAGCUCCUCGAAGUCUCUUUGCAGUCCGCGAAAUUCAUACUACGCACACUCAUAAUGUUACACGAGCAAUCGCACUUAGGUGAGCUAGCCAUCACUUCCGAGUUGGCAGCCUUGGUUGAAGAUGACGUACUGAUCAUUGAACAGAGCCAUUAUUUCCCUUUGGGUUGGAUAAUCUCUUUUCAUCGGCGUUUAUCGUUGUGA